AUGGCUGAUGCUCGGGGGGAAUACUGGUACUUUGAUACAGAUGUCGACGCGAACAGAAUCACGGUGCCUGAGCUGCGGAGUAUCCUGCUCAAACAUGGCGUUACAUACCCCUCCUCUGCGAAGAAGCCGGUGCUAGUGAGUCUGUUCAACGAUGCUGUCCUUCCUCAGGCAGCGAAAGUACAAAGGGCGCAUGCACAUACAAAGCGAUCAACGCGGGGCAUCGUGGAUGUCCCCUCUAGUUCAACGAGCACAGUGGAUACCGAGGACGAGACAGUUCUUGAUCCCCCGCCUACGACAACGAGACGCACCACGCGCAGAACAACGCGCGCGACCACAGAAGAUUUAGAACCGGUUGCGCCUACACCACGUUCGAAGACGCCCUCUCGUGCGGUACCUGCGAAGCAUAGUAGAGCACUUGAGCCCGAGGUGGAUGAGCGACCUGCUGCAAGACGUACACGGAAGAGUGUCACACCAGCUUUGCAGCAACCAACAGACGACCCCGAAGCAUGGCAUCGAAACGAUGCGGGCAGCCCAUUUACGCAGGAGAACCCUUUCCAAAGCGGGAGUUCUCCUUCGAUGCCAGAAUCAGCGGCACGCGAUCGUCGACGGCGAACUAUGGGCUUUGAGCACAAAGAGAAGCGCAAGAGCGACGCACAUCGCCGCAAAACUUUUCAGCCUAACGCUGAACAGCUGGACGAAGGCAUUGUUGUACCGACUCGGGGCACAUUCGACGUGGCAGAUCCGCGUGUGAAGUACGAAGACGAUGACAUUGUUGAUAUAGGCGAAGAGUUCACGCCAGAAGAGCAGUUGGAGAUGGUACGUGAGCGCGCUAAGAAGGGAGAGGUCGACAUUCUGCCUCCACGACGGCGCAAGCAGGCUUCCAAGGCUUCUAGUACUCUAAAAGCUAUGUCAGGAACGCUACUACUAACGGCUGCCGCUGUCUUUGGAGGAGUGUGGCGGCAAGAGAAGAUCGCUGUGGGAUUUUGCGGCAUUGGACGAGAAGCCACGGGCCUCGCCGGUGUGGAGGUGCCAGAUUGGGCGAGCAAUAUCCUUCCACAGUGCGAGCCUUGUCCACCGCAUGCACAGUGUUUCAGAGGAUUGGACCUUAGGUGCGACCCUGAUUUCAUCAGGAAAGAUCACCCUUUGUCCCUGAAUGGCUUGCUCCCACUCCCACCGACAUGCGAACCGGACAGUGAGAAGACACGGAAAGUCACUAGAGUUGCCGAUCGAGCCGUACAGAUUCUGAGACAACGUAAGGCGCAGUACGAAUGUGGGGAGCUGGACGACGAAGGGAACACAGUAGAAAGCCCUGAAGUGAGCGAAGAGGACCUCAAGCAGCAAAUGACCACCCAGAAGCGUAAGGGCUUGACGGAUCAAGAGUUCAGCGAGCUCUUCGACAGAGCCUUUCCUGAGCUGACGAUGCGAGAGGAGGUCGUCGAAACUACCGAUGGAACAUCCGGCAGACGAAGGCUCGCAUCAACAUCCCUGGCAGAGCUCUCCCUCUCCUGCAGCGUCCGCAGAUCCCUCCGACAAUCUCUUGAACGAUAUCUUCUCCAAAUUGUUAUGAUCAUCUUCCUCGUCGCAACAGGCUCGUAUGGCAAGUACUCAAUCACCAAAAGUCGUGCCAUGGAAGCACGGGCGAAGCAGCUUGCAAGCGAUGCAUUCGAUCGGCUAGCUAACCAAGCUGCUCUGAGCUGUCAAGAACCUGGUGCUUAUCCCGAGAAAGGUAUCAGCAUGGCUCAACUACGAGACGAUGUACUUCGAAACGAAUUUUCGUCCUCACGAAGGCAAAAACUUUGGGAGAGAGUGCAGAAGAAGGUCGAGUUCAAUUCAAACAUCCGUGCAGCCGUCCGGACAACCAACAGCGGUGAUGUUGCCCGUAUGUGGGAAUGGAUUGGGCCUAUCAAAUUGCUUGAAGAUGGACGGAGUAGCGGCACGCGAGAGAGCGGCCGGUUCAGUCUUGCGAUGAACAACAGCUCUCCUUCCACGGGCAAGGAGAUGAAAGAGGCCCAGAAAUGGGACGAGGGCCGACCGAUCUACUACGUCAACGUACCCAAGACCCGACGAACCUACUGCAAGGGCAAGGACUGCAAGAAGCACACCCAGCACAAGGUCACCCAGUACAAGGCAGGAAAGGCUUCGCUGUUCGCGCAAGGAAAGCGUCGUUAUGAUCGCAAGCAGUCCGGUUAUGGUGGUCAGACCAAGCCCGUUUUCCACAAGAGGGCGAAAACCACCAAGAAGGUUGUGCUCCGUCUAGAGUGCACACAGUGCAAGACCAAGGCACAGCUUUCCCUCAAGCGUUGCAAGCACUUCGAGCUCGGUGGUGACAAGAAGACCAAGGGUGCCGCCCUCGUCUUCUAA